CUAAAUAUAAUACGGCGGGACACGCGAUUCUCUGCGAUACCCGUUUACUGCGGGCGGCGGAUCAAACACGGAGUGACUUACGGCAGCGACGGCGACGGCGACGGUGAUCAACGUUUGAGGCGGCCGACGUGCAUGCAUCUAUCGUUCCGUUCUCGGCGAAGGCGAUAUUGACGCGAACACGCCUUGUCCUGUGUCGAUCGGUCGUGGGAAACACGGGGUGCUGAGCCCUACACCGGAUGACCCGGGGUACUUGGCUUACCCUACACGUCUACGAAUCGAUUCCCCGGAAACCUCUUCUCCGGAGACCACGCUAAUAUCUACGGAGACCCUCUGCACCGGGAUUCGCUCGAACAUCGUCGUCGUCGUGAUCUGCUGAAAACCGCGUAGGUGAGCGACUUGAGACUUUGCGUCGCGUAUAAUGUGUGUGUAUAUAUAUAUAUAUCUACACGCAGCGAUGACGACGUCCUCGUUUGGGGAAGUUUCAUCGUAAUCGUCAGGAAGUAAUCCGAGAUGAAUAUCCAGAAGCCCGAAGGUCUUUUAUCGGUGGUUAUACCGACCGAACUUCCAUCUUCACCGAAUUCCCGUCAGCUGUUUAUAAAUCAGGAUCAACAGGAUGAAGAAGCAUCUGAUUGUCCCCUGUUAACACCGAGCCCACCGCCAAUCCAAACAGAUAAGUCUCUGCAGUCGACGCCGAUAUUCAACGCGCUCGAAGGAACUCCAUUAGAGAUGAUACCUACGCCAACGCUGGAGAAUAUUAAUACGGAGGACGGACUCAAUGCGUUCAUGAAUAUCGUGAAUAGUUCGAGUAAACCUCUGAACGACGAGCCGAGCUCACGUGAUCCGAUGGUGGAGUCCACCAGCAGCGGUAGCAGCAGCGACACGAACGAACCCGUUUGCGCACAGUUGUUGACGCAAUUAAAUACUGCCUACCAGCAUCUCGCGCCAGAUGCUCAAGCAUUAUUUUACAACCAGGAGAACGGUGGCAAGCCACCACUCGUUGGAAUUCAGCUGAUGGUGCCGAAGCCGCCCAAGGAUUAUCGUUUCAUGAAGUGGAAUUGGCCGCUAAUACGCAAGACGUGCUUCUGGUCGUUGAUGUCGGUCCUAGCUGGGUGCACCGCCCUCGUCAUCGGCGUCAUCGUCACGAUGCCUAAGAAGUGCGACCCGCCAAUGGAGUGGUGGCAAGGAAGUACCUUCUACGAAAUAUUCCCAGCGUCCUUUCAGGACUCGAUGAGGAGUAGCGACGGGAUUGGCGACCUUCGCGGGAUAACUAUGCGGUUGGACUAUCUAAAGGGACUCGGGGUGCAAGCUAUCCGACUGAACUCGAUAUUCCCGGCGCCGCAUUAUCCGGAGUAUUACUCGAAUAUCAGCAACUUGACGGACGUGAACAAAGACCUAGGCACGCUCAAGGACUUUUCCGUUCUCGCGCUCGAGAUUCACCGACGAAAUAUGAGUUUGAUACUCGACCUUCCGCUGUAUCCGUUCGUGAAGAGUCUGAGCGAGCCGGAGGAAGACGUGCCUACUAUGAAGACGAACAAAACCGACGAACAGGUAUUCCGGAAGAGGAGGGAGGACGUCACGGUCGGCACGAUGAUCCACGAGGCCAUACUGUCAACACCGUCCACGUCAGUCAAAACUGUUCGUGACGUUUUGUCGUCCGUACCAGCGUCCUUGGAGGAGGCAAGGAAGCAGGAGCUCUCGUCGAAUCGCAUGUACGACCAACAAAGGCAUCCUGUUAGCGAGGCCAUAAGGAUCUGGCAAAAUAGAGGCGUAGACGGCUUUUAUCUGAAAGGACUGGAGCACUACGUCCACGAGGCCGCGUUCGUCAGCAGCCUCAGAUACUGGAGAUCUCUCCUACGUCCGAAUGGUAUCUUUAUCUGCCAUUCGAAUGUCUUGAACGUCGUCACUUCUGUCACAUCGAUGAACUCCAUCCUGUCUCGAAUAGAUCUGAUUGACGUGACUCUUCGCAUGACUAACGGCACCAAGGACAUCAAGGCGCAGAUUGAAGCCGUUACGAAGGGCAUGCUGUUCGAAAAAGCGGCUUACCCGUGGAUACACUGGUCUGUAGACACUGUGGACACCAGUAGAGUGGCCUCCACUAUGAGUGUCAAGAACGCCAGCCUGGCAGCUUCUCUUCUCGGCAUGAUGCUGCCUGGAACAGCCAGUAUAUUCUACGGAGACGAGAUAGGCAUCGAAGACUGCGAGUGCCAAGAUCACAAAGAUUUGGCGCACGUGCACAACCUAGUUCCUAUGUAUUGGGAGAGAAAAGACGGCUCCGACAGCAGAUUUUCGUCCGUAGGAGUUUCCACAUGGUUGCCAGAAGCUGGCAAACCCCUGGAGACCAGUCUGACAGGCGUUAUCCCAGAAAUGGCAAGACUGAGGACGGAAACGACAACGAUCUACGUUAAAGCAGUAUUAAGGGAGAAACAAAUUGCGGCAAACUGUGAUGUCAAAUACGUGAAAGAUGAAAUAAUUGUGAUUGAACGAUGGUACCCACGAAGAAAUUCUUACGUAUACGUAGCCAAUUUUGGCAACGAGACGCGCACGAAGGACUUGUCGUCCCUUUACUACGGCGGUCACGUUGUUGUUGGGCCGAAUUCCAGGUUAAAUCGAAAUGUGUACUUUAAAGAACUUACCAUCUUGCCCGGAGAAGCGUUUGUUAUAAAAUUGGAUAAAUGAGAGAGCCUCGAUCAGGUAACACUACUUAAUAUCAUAUUCAACUUUUAGUUUUACCCUUGUCACACAUUACAAAGCAAUCGCCGAUGUCAUUCGAACACCAUUUCAUUAAAAAUGUGGCUUACAACGAAAAUUUCUAAAAAAUGUGUAACAAAUUUCUAUUUCAACGAAUAGUGCGAUUUCGACCAAGACUAUAGUCAAUAGAAAAUAUAAAAAAGACACGUGGGAUCUAUAUAAAAGAUAUAUUGAAAAUUAAGAAGUAACGAAGGAUGAAAUAACGUCCAAUCAAAUCUCCAGUUAUACUCAAAUAACGGAUAACACGUGCCUCUCGCGAUAUUUACAAAUUGAUCAACGAAUUUGGAUAUUAAUCAAACUACUCAUAUAAUUCAUAUCAUAAUGCUAGAUCCCUACAACGAAUUUUUACACAUCCUACAUAUCCAUUGUCCGAAUAAAGGCAUCUGAUGCGAUUGUAUUCAAAUUGUGACUUUGUGAUCAUAGUUUGCAGUUAUUGUAUUUAUUCUGAUGGUAGAGAACGCCGGCAAGAAAAUGUGAGAGGCUUCUUGUUUGCAUAUUUUAUAAUCCUUUCUAUAUGACAGAAUCAAAAAUCAUUGUGCAUUGUAACGAAUUGUUAUUAUAAAAUCGUUCACUAUUGUGACGAUAAACAUGGCACAGAAUUUAUAGUCUGCUAUGACGUCAACAAAAUUUUCUAUUUAUGUGCAAUAUACUGAUUAUAUAUUGGCUAUUUAUACAAUCUCAUUUAAUGUGUUUAUAGUUGAUAUAAACAAAUUGCGUAUUCGUACAAUUAUACACGUUUUAAAAGAAGGGGCGUUUUUGGAUAAUUAUAUUAAGACUACAGAUAUAUUGUACAUUAUUAAUUGAUUGUGUGAAUGCAAAGAAUCUGCAUUAAUAAGAUUAUUUCCUAUGUAUUUACACAGAUAAAUGAAAAACAUUAGCGCCUA